AUGGAAAGUAUAAAAAUCGCAGGGCAACGCGAUAAUUACUUGAGAGAAAUCCAAGAAUAUCGUGACAAAGGAUACAAGAUCUUUUACACAGACGAGUCAUGGUGUGGAGCCAAUCAUAGCAGGAAAUAUGGAUGGACCGAACAAAUUGACACAAGUCAAUUUGACAGCUGUGAAUUAUAUCGCGAAAAAGUACAAGAAGUGUACGGAGAAAGAGGUGGUUUUAUCACACCUUCUGGAGCAGGGAAAAGAGUCAUCAUGUUGCACAUUGGAGGAGAUGACGGAUUUGUACCUGGAGCGAUGAAAUGCUUUGUAGGAAUAAAAGGAUCCAACGAUUAUCAUGACGAAAUGAACGCUCAGCAUUACCAAGAAUGGAUUGCAGACGUACUACGCGUACUACCGAAGAAAUCGGUGAUCGUACUAGAUCAAGCGCCAUACCACACGAUGCUGGAUCCAGAAUUUCGCAAUCCUACAACGCAAUGGAGAAAGCUCCAGAUAAUUGAAUGGCUGAUAAAGCGUGAGGUAGAAGUCCCGUCGUAUGUUGAGCAUUUCGAAGACCUCAACAGGAAUGAACUGCUCAACUUAGCGAGACCUCACCACUACUCAAGACAUUAUGUGUUGAACAAAGUUACAAGAGAAAUAAGAAAUGACGAAGUCAAAAUUCUCUGGCUCCCUGUAGCUCAUUGCGAAUAUAACCCCAUCGAAUUAGUAUGGGCAUACGUGAAAAAUUACGUCGCAAAACGUAAUAAGACUUUUAAAGUCCAUGAUGUUCAUCAGCUAUGCGUCGAAGCGAUGGAUUCUGUUCCGCCAACGCUAUGGCCACGAUGCAUUGAGCACGCAAAGAAAGAGGAAGAUAAGUCUCGUGAGCUCGCGAAGAAAAUUUCAGAUAGGAUCGAAUCGAUUGUAGAAGCUGAAAAUACUGACAGCGAUGGGAACGACACUUCCGAAGAAAGUGAAAGUGACGAUGAAGAAUAG